UUGUUCUACACCAUAAUCUCUUUCGAAGGAGAAAUAAUCAUUGAAUUAUUUCGAUUGCCACUUAAGAUCUGUUCGCACGCAUGUUUUCAUUUAAUUGCUUCCAUCAUUUCCUUCGAAGACAUUUAUAAUAAUGCAAAGAGAUGCUGCUCCUUCACAGAUUCGCAAGAAGAUCUUGCGUCCACCUUUACUCAUUAACAAUUCAUCUAGAAAACCUGGAACUGAAACUGUUGGGGACAGCAGCUCUAGCCAUAGCGCAGUAGAGACCUCCACGUCUUCGUCAGCUUUAUCCACGCCAUUCAAUAGGCAGCUUAUGAAGCCAUUCAAGUCACCUUUGAUGUCUGCUUUCAAAUCGCCACUGCGUCAAGAUACCUCCAUUGUUUCUACUACGGACUCCCCAUCUCCUAUCUUAAUGGUAGCAAAGGAGAUUGCUAAUCCUCCUGGAUCAAAGAAAAGAGUAUCAGAGAUAGUUGACUCUGAUGCAAUAAAAUUACCAAAGCUCUCAGGAAACACCCCAAAGCCUAAAGCUGGACUACAUACUGCUUUGGCAUUUAAGCAACCAACUCUCCGCACUACCGAGACUACAGAGCGGAUAGUACAAGAAAGAUGUUUUAAUGUCUUAUGGCGAAAGAAGAGCGGGAAAAAGCACAAAUCGUGGGAUGGUGAUGGUAUGGAUCAGCAGUACGACUACAAUAACUACAAUGAUAACAGUACCAUCAAGUUAGGAAUAGCAUCAUCAACCGCUUUUGCAUUUAUCCGAGGCUGAUAUGUUUAUUGUUGGGUAAACAACCUCUAGGGAUUCUUGUGGUCAAUGGAUCCAGUGGCG